AUGUGUCGGGGUAUCGAACACGAGCCAGUCCAGGCCAGGCAGUUGCCGCAAAGUAUCGGCUGUAGUAAGAAUUUCAAUGGGAAAGAACAACUAGAUACCAAGGAUAAGGUAAUGCUCUGGCUGAAACAACUCACGGAAGAAGUAGUUGAGAGGCUGAAGAAGGACUUGGAAGCUAACAAAAGAUUGGCCAAGACAUUGACAGUAUCUCUAUCACACCAAGCCUACCCCGUGCCACAAUCCUCGACUCGAAGCUGCCCACUACCACAGUAUGACGUCCACCACAUCGCUAAUUGUGCCUAUAACAUGAUCUGCAAAUUCAAUACUAAUUACAAUUGCAGUAAUUAUACUAGUACUAAUAGUAGUAACUGCAAUAUCAGUGACAGUGUUGUUGCUUGGCUACCCCCGAUCGUAAACCUCGGUGUGACGGCCAGCAAAUUUGUCGCCCUGUCUGACUCCAGCGGCCACCCGACGACCACAAACCUGAAGCGCUUCAUUGACAGCUUCUCGCCAGCGGCUCAAAGAAGACUGAAUGGUCGUAUUGUUAGCUGUGAUAAUAAUGGUAGUGAUGAUGGCGAGACUUUUCAAAAGCAGUUUGUUCGAAUGGUCGAUGACGACGAUGCUGACGAUCGUAACGAGGUAGACGACGGUGGUCGUGGUGGUGGGGGCGUUGAAAGUUGGGAUGACGUUGCUGCUGCUAAUUAUAAUAAUGGUCAUGACGUCAUCGACCGGGAGAGUUUUUUUAGAAGUGAAGUAGAUGGAACUAAGAGGAAGUGCUGUAAUGAUACUUCGAUCUCGAGGAAGCACGACACUAUGAUUCCUGGUGUGUUCAGUAGAAUGAGAGAUCGUGCCAGAGAGAGAAGACAACAACAACAAAUGAAUGAAUGCGACCAACGACAACAACAACAACAAUCAUUAACAGAAGAUGAAAGUUUAAUUAAGGCCAGGCAAGAGGAAGUUCAGCAGCAUUUCGGUCAAGAUGACAACUCGGUUAAAAGGAAACUUAUCGAAAAAUGGCUAGAAAGCAGUUUUGUAAGCAACUGUGACAGCAGCAAUGUUAAUUCACAAACUUCAGAUUCCGCUUUUAUUAAAUUUUCUGAUAGAAACAACACUAAAAACAUAAAUGAUGAUGAUGUCAAUGAUAAUUAUAAUGAUACCGCCACCGCCACCACCAAUGCAGAUGACGAUGAUGAUGAAAACGUCGUAAACAUUCAUAAUGUCGUCGAAAGUCAUCUGGCCUCUUAUUCGAAAAUAAGAGACGAACUAGAAGAAAAAAAUUUGGCUGUUGUGGCUCCUUACAAAAACGAGAACAACAUCAAAGACAACAACAGCCACAAAGACAACAACAGCCACAACGGCAUCAAAGACUACAACAGCCAGAAAGACAACAACAGCAGCCAAGGUAUCAAAGACACCAACAACAGUAGCAACAAAAGAAGAAUUGUCGAUCUCACUGUCAAAAAGUUACAACAAAAACCAAAGACUGCCUUGGAUGAAUUUCUCUUUCAAAGGCUAAACUCGCCAAAACAACAACAACAACAACAACAACAGCAACAGAAUGACGUCAACAUCAGCUCACAACAUUAUCAAAAUGCUGACAACAUAACAUGUGACAAAUGCGGUCACGUGAUAUCCGCCUGGGAUUUCCCGGAGCAUGAAGAUUAUCAUUACGCCUGUCAGCUACAAAGACAACAGAAUCAACAACAAAGACAAGAAAAUCAGCAAAGAAAUCAACAACAAAGACAACAAAAUCAACCUGAAAAACAACAACAACCUCAUCCAAAACCGCCACAAAACAUCAACCCCAUCGAUAAGUAUAUAAAAGAAUUUUGCAACAAAGAUAAAAACAUUGGCAAUAAUAAUAAUAAUAAUAAUGAUAAUAAUAGUAAGAAUAAUAACACUACCUUCACAACAUCAACGCCAUCAUCAUCGCUGUCAUCAUUCUUAUCACCAGGUCGUAAUAAUAAUAAUAAUAAUAAUAAAAGAAAGAUGGUGGGGACAAAUUUGGGAAGUAAGAAGAAGCCGAUAGGCAGUGGCAGAAUCCGUGAAGAUAACCGAACGACGACACUACUCGAUCUCUAUGUUGAGAGGAAACCAUGA